AUGUCGUCGUGUGGAAACCCAGCCGCAGAAGAGGAAGCCAUCAUGCCUCGUCGUCUGAAGUUUGGGAAAUCAAAAGACUGUGUCAGGUGCAGGUUAAAACCAGGUAACAUCGCGAUUCGCCAUGCGGUGUAUUGCAAAGAAUGCUUCACUCCAAUGGUAGACCUGAAAUUCAGAAAAGCUCUGGAGCCUUCAGUAAAUGCUAGGGCAGGCACCUCGAAGCGACCCAAGCUCAAGGCAUCGGGAAACUUGUGCCUGGGAUUCUCUGGCGGUCUAGGAUCGUCGAUUUUGCUGGAUAUGGUCCAUAACACAUAUUUCUCAAGUCGACCACCGUUGGAUGAUUCAGGGAAACCGAGAGGCGGCACCAAUCAUCCACGGAACGCCAGCGUAUGGCCAUCGUGUAUUGUUUGCUAUGUAGAGGCAUGCGGAGCUUUUGCUGGGAUGCAAGACAGGACCGAAGAUAUUCGAUCUAUAGUCGAGCGAUAUCCAUCAUUCCAAUUCGUGCCCCUGCGAAUAGAAGAUGCGUUUGAUGGCUCAUGGUGGACCAAAGUUUCUGGAUCAAGCAGUACCCCCCAGGUUUGCCUGGAACUCAGCAAGGAAGGAUUAAUUGCAGAUGGGCUCCAUAUCGCUUCCCGAGUGACUGGUCUAACGCCAGUAGAAGCUCUGCAGUCGUAUUUAUCAUCACUGCCCACGCAAACCGCGAUUUCUAGUGCCAUACAGAAUCUCACCCGCGUACUUAUCCUGCACACCGCCCACUCCAGAGGUUCAUCGCAUUUACUCUUUGGAUCAUCUCUCACGUCGUUCUCUAUCUCUCUGUUAUCAUCAAUAUCACAAGGCGGAGGGUACGCGAUCCGCGAGGAACUUCAGGAGGAAUGGGCGCCGGCUGCUGCUUCUGGUUCGAAGCCCAGUGAUGUGCUCAGGGUUAUCCGACCUCUCAGAGACGUCACUGCAAAAGAGUGUGCUGUAUAUGCGUGGUGGAACAACAUAACCAUCAUUGGUCGAGAAAAGCAGAGGCGUGCGAUAUUAGGCAUAGCAGCAUUGACCAAGAAUUUCGUAGUUGGGCUUGAGAAAGACUAUCCUUCGACUGUGUCCACUAUCGCUCGAACCUGUGAAAAACUGGAACCCAAGGAUGCACCGAGCGGGCAAUGCAAGUUGUGUAAGCGGCCGAUGCAAUCUGGCAUACAAGAGUGGAAGACUCGUAUAUCAAUCAGGUCUUACUCGGAUCCCAAACUUGCUGGAGACUUGGCCCACAUCCCGUCACCGUGCAGAGACAAUCUCGACACGAGUACCCCGGCCCGAUUGCCACCGCUACUUGCGCUGACCGAUUUCCUUUGCUACUCUUGCCACACAAUGUUGACAAGCAGGAGUAGUCGCGGAGUUAAGCAGUCGGCUCCUGGUGUAUCCUCAGCUACACCAUUACCUAUCUGGGUGGCAAAUGGUGGCCUUCACGAAGAUGGACUAAUGGACAAUGGAGCUCGGCGCAAGGUUCCUGAGGAAGAGAUGUUCAAUGCCGUGGCAGAAUUUCUCAUCGACAAUUAG